CCAUUGUCCCAUAUAAAUUCCAUCCUUAACAAUUUUUCAGCACUCAUCAAACACUAGGGUUUUUGCUGUAGCUGUUCCUUUGUGCCCCUCUUCCCUUCCAUAGCUGCGGAUUGCAGUUUUUCUUCCGUUUCUCAAUCAUGGCUACACAAAUGAGCAAAAAGCGAAAAUUCGUCGCAGACGGAGUUUUUUUCGCUGAAUUGAAUGAAGUUUUGACCAGAGAGUUGGCAGAGGAUGGUUAUUCAGGUGUUGAGGUCAGGGUUACCCCGAUGCGCACUGAAAUCAUCAUCAGAGCUACUCGUACCCAAGCUGUUCUUGGUGAGAAAGGAAGGAGGAUAAGAGAACUUACCUCAGUGGUACAGAAGAGGUUUAAGUUUCCCGAGAACAGUGUGGAGCUUUAUGCUGAGAAGGUUAACAACAGAGGACUCUGUGCCAUUGCUCAGGCUGAGUCUCUUCGUUACAAACUCCUCGGGGGUCUUGCUGUCCGCAGGGCUUGCUAUGGUGUUUUGAGAUUUGUCAUGGAGAGUGGUGCCAAGGGUUGCGAGGUUAUUGUCAGUGGAAAAUUAAGAGCCCAAAGAGCCAAGUCCAUGAAGUUCAAGGAUGGUUACAUGAUUUCUUCUGGACAGCCAGUCAAGGACUACAUUGACUCUGCAGUGAGACAUGUGCUCCUUAGACAGGGUGUUCUCGGUAUCAAGGUAAAGAUCAUGCUUGAUUGGGAUCCUAAAGGUAAGCAAGGUCCUAAAACUCCCCUCCCUGAUAUUGUCACCAUUCACACUCCAAAGGAAGAGGAGGAGUAUGUCCGACCUGCUGCUGUUGUGGCAAAUGAUAUCGAGGUCCCUCUUCACAUAAUUUUUAAAGUUGGCAUCAGAAUGUUACGAAUUCAUUACUAGCCUCGAACAAAAAGUUAUAUGCAGGCGCUGGAGACCUUACACAAUAUCUGCACUAAAGCUUCAAAAAAUACAAUCUAGUACAAAGUACCUAUAACAAGGCCUUGACUAAUGCAAUUGUUCAUAGUAUUGUUCGUUCUUGUUGUUUGCAAACUAACAUGUUCAAAUAAUAGUAUUCAAAUUAUACAUAGAAAUGAAGACUGUAUAAAUUAAUGAUUGAAAUUCUUAUAUAGAACAUAUUUUGAAUA